GAUCCGUAUCAUGGCUGCUGCUCCGGGUUUUUGCCGCAGCCGCCUCCAGCGCUCCGGCUCCAGCCGUGUUCCGCCGCCCGCCGUUGCUUUACCGCUGCCGUCUGAGGGCGGAGGCUCCGGCUCCGGGCCGGCGGGCGGGGAUCCGGUGCCGGGUUUUGGCCGGGACCGUCCGGGGAAGUUGCCGAAGUUGGGCAGCGAGCGCUGGGUCGCGGCGCGUCCUUCCUGCGGCCCGGCCGGUGCAUGAUGGAAGCAGCAUGGCCGCCCACCUCUCCCUGACACAGCUGUCAAGUGCAAAUCCUGUGUAUGAGAAGUUCUAUCGACAGGUUGAUUCUGCUAAUACUGGAAGAGUGUUAGCUUCUGAUGCAGCUGUUUUCUUGAAGAAAUCUGGAUUGACAGACUUGGUACUUGGAAAGAUUUGGGACUUAGCUGAUACUGAUAGCAAAGGAAUCUUGAACAAACAGGAGUUUUUUAUAGCUUUACGACUUGUAGCAUGUGCACAGAAUGGAUUGGAUGUUUCCCUGAGUAGUCUCAAUUUGCCUGUUCCUCCACCAAGAUUUACUGAUACUAGUAGUCCUUUGCUGCUCAGUGGAACAGCAUCAAGUGAUAUACCAUGGGCUGUUAAGCUGGAAGACAAGGCCAAGUAUGAUGCUAUUUUUGACAGCCUAAAUCCUGUUAAUGGACUACUGUCAGGAGAUAAAGUGAAACCUGUACUCCUCAACUCAAAACUGCCAGUGGAUAUCUUAGGACGAGUGUGGGAAUUGAGUGAUAUUGACCGAGAUGGAAUGUUGGAUCGUGAUGAAUUUGCAGUUGCCAUGUUCUUGGUGUACUGCGCUUUGGAGAAAGAGCCAGUGCCAAUGUCCUUGCCUGCAGCUUUGGUGCCACUAUCCAAGAGAAAACCUAUUAGUGUUCCAGGAGCAAUGCCAUUAAUUCCUUCUUCAGCAUCUUCCAAAGAUUCUCAUCAGUCCUUGCCACCUGUAGGCAUUUUAGCUGCCAAAACACCAUUAACACAGUGGGUUGUAUCGCCUGCAGACAAAAUUAAGUAUGAUGAGAUCUUUAUGAAAACUGACAAGGACAUGGAUGGAUUUGUGUCAGGUGUGGAAGCCAGAGAACUAUUCUUGAAGACAGGACUGCCUUCUGCUCUGCUUGCACAUAUCUGGGCUCUGUGCGACACAAAGGACUGUGGGAAGCUUUCCAAGGAACAGUUUGCUUUGGCUUUCUACUUAAUUAAUCAGAAAUUAACAAAGGGCAUAGAUCCACCUCAAGCUCUGACUCCAGAGAUGAUUCCACCUUCAGACAGGAGUGUCACAUUACAGAAGAGUGUUCAAGGACUGAAUUCUGUAGCAGAUUUUUCUGCAAUUAAAGAGCUUGAUACAUUGAACAAUGAAAUAGUAGACCUGCAGAGGGAAAAGAAUAAUGUAGAGCAAGACCUGAAGGAGAAAGAAGAUACCAUCAAACAGAGGACGAGUGAGGUGCAGGAUCUACAAGAUGAAGUAAAACGGGAGAGCAGUAAUCUGCAGAAACUGCAAGCUCAGAAACAGGAAGCGCAGGAAAUCCUUAAUGAUCUUGAUGAGCAGAAGGCCAAGUUGGAAGAGCAACUUAAUGAUAUCAGGCAGAAAUGUGCAGAGGAGGCCCACUUGAUUGCCAUGCUGAAAGCUGAAAUAACAAGCCAGGAGUCAAAGAUCUCAGCAUAUGAAGAUGAACUGACCAAAGCUCAAGAGGAGCUGAGUCGUCUGCAGCAAGAAACUGCAGAGCUUGAGCAUUGCAUAGAGUCUGGGAAAGCACAGCUGGGACCUCUUCAGCAACAUCUGCAAGAUUCACAACAGGAAAUCAGUUCGGUGCAGACAAAACUUCUUGAGCUGAAAGAACUGGAAAGUAACCAAUUUAGUUGGCACUCUCAGCCACAGACUGUACUUGUUAACGGAACUACAGAUCAUUCUAGUCUUAGCAACAGCAGCAGUGAAACUGCUAACCUUAAUGAGAAUGCUGAAAGGGAAAGCAUAGCUGAAGAUGAACAAAUAAACAAUGUAUCCCCAACAAGAAAUAGUCCUGAAACAACAGCUGCUGCUGCAGAAGAAGACAAAGAGACUCCAUCUGCAACUGUUACGAGAAAAGAGGAUCCAUUUGAUGCUGAAUCUCAUCCGUUGCCUGAUAUAGUUUCUGAAACAAGUUUAGAGUUCUUCCAGUCUGACCCUUUUGUUGGCAGUGAUCCCUUCAAAGAUGACCCUUUUGGGAAAAUUGAUCCCUUUGGUGGUGAUCCCUUCAAAGGCUCAGAUCCUUUUGCAGCUGACUGUUUUUUCAAACAGUCCUCCACUGAUCCUUUUGUGACUGCAGGCACUGAUCCAUUUAGUGCAGCAAGCAACAAUAAUAACAGCACAACAGAGAUACCGAAGAAAAAUGAUCCUUUUGCCCCUGGUGGAACAACUGUUACUGCAUCAGAUGAUUUAGCUACAGACCCCUUUGCCUCUCUGUUUGGAAAUGAAUCCUUUGGAAGUGGCUUUGCUGACUUCAGCACGCUGUCAAAGGCCAACAAUGAGGAUCCCUUUGGCUCUUCCACAUCAGGCUCCGUCAAAAAUGUGGUCAUAACUAAAAACUCCUUUGAAGAGCCACCAGCCAAAAAUGAGGAUGUCCCUCCUGCACUGCCCCCUAAAACUGGAACUCCCACAAGGCCCUGUCCACCACCUCCUGAAAUUCCCAAAGAACAAGAAGCAGAUCUAUUCUGUGAUCCAUUUGCUCCCACCAGCAUCGGUAAAGAGGCUGACCCCAACAAUUUUGCAAACUUCAGUACUUAUUCUACUGAGGAAGACAUGAUUGAAUGGGCUAAGAGGGAAAGCGAGAGAGAAGAGAAAGAAAGAUUGGCAAGACUAAAACAGCAAGAGCAAGAAGACUUGGAACUGGCUAUUGCACUCAGUAAAUCUGAAAUAUCAGAAGCAUGAAGUUUAGAAUAAGAUGUUGUCAUAUGUCAACUGUUUUGUCCCUUUUCCUGAAUACCUAACCUAUUUAAAUGUUAAUCAGAAGAUUACAUAUAUACACAAAAAUUAAGAAAGGAUUUAAACUUUUGAAAGUGGUGUGUUCCUGCUAAAUUCAGUCCUUUUGGUUAUUUUUAUUGUUUGAAUAACUUAAUUCUAGCAUUCAGUUUCUCUCAAGUUUUCAGGAAAAUAAGGAGCAUUUCCCAGAUGUAAGCAAAUCAGUUUGAAAAUGCAGAAAAUGAGACAUUAGUUUGACUGUAAUCCGUCAGCAGUUGGUAAUUGAACACAAAGCGAACACAGCAAUUAUUCUGCCAUGGCUGAUUGUCUCCCAUCAAGCAGUUAGUCAUUUGAAAUCUCUUCUAGAAAGAUUUUAGUAAUGCCAGAGUUGUGGAGUGCUUUAUUUUAUAUGGAUGCAUAUUGAUUUAUUUUUUUUUCUCUUCAUUGAAGAUUCUGUUACAAUCUUCAUGGAAUCCAAGUCAAAAAGAGUGUGUCUUACAGAAACCUUUAAUGCUUUUCUUGCAUGGUCGUAGGUUUUAAGACCAGUUACUUUGUUUUAUAAAGCAAUUAAAUGGAAGAUUUGUGUGCAUUUGCUGUUGGCCAAGAUGACUGUCAGAUAACAAGGCCCCGCUGCUCUUUGAGCCGGUUUUGCUUGUGAAAUAUGCAGAUAAGUAAUUGGCAAGAUUGCUUGCCCGUUCACUGGCAAGAUAGUAAGUUGAAAAUGAAACGAGAUUGAGAAUAGAAAGAAAACGUCUGAUUAUCUUUUUCAUUAUUUUUUUAAAGGUUGCUUUUUUCCUAUAUGUGUAAUUUAUUGAAUGCCAACAGAUAGUUGCACCUUAAACUGCUUUAUUUUUUUUUUAAUGGUCACUGAGUGGGAUUGAUAUGAUUUUAAUGAAAAUAACUUAAUGAAAGUAACUUAUUGUUCACUUUGAAAGAACUCCAUUCUGGAGAAUUGGUUUAAUUAAAAUAAUUCCAAAAAUAAUCUUUUGCCCUAUCUAAGAAAAAUGGAUGGCAGCAGCAUAAGCAUCAAGAGAUUUUUAUUUCUUUCUUGCACUUUUAACUUGUGGUGUUUCUGUUGAGGAAAUGGAAAAGUUUCAACACACAGCACUGGGAGGAGGAGUUGGACCCAGCCAUGCUUCAAUACACUUAACCUCUUCCUAUUAUCUGCCAAUGCUGCUGUUGAAAGAGUUUGAUAGUUUUCAGUUUAUCAGGAAAAUGGGGAACCGGACUGCGAUGUUUUUUCUUUUGCACUGGGAAAUGAGCAUUUAAACACCUGCUCAAAAAAGGUAACUCAAAUUUUUGCAAGGAUUAAAUAGUUAAAACUUAUCUAUACAUCUCUGUAAUGAGUGUACACUAAUCUUGCAAAUCAUGCUUAACUGGAUUACAUAGUUUCUUAUCUUUUGUUAAAAAAUGUAUACUCAGUGGACCAACACAAUAUUAUUAUGUAUAUAUUAUAUAUAUAUUCUUGCUUUCCUUUAUGGAAUUUAAAAGUUUUGAGUCAUUUGAUGUUACAUUUCAUGUUACUGACUCUGACUAUAGUACUUUUACUCAGACUACCAACAAACCACUGCUGUGAGCUAAAUGGCAUUACUUAUGAAGUUUUAACUUUUUUUAAAAAAAGAAACUUGUUCAGGUGGGAUUAGCCUCUAUUUAUAGACUUCCCUUUUGUUUAAAAAUUCUAACAAUAGCCUGUAAUUAUGAAGAAAUAAAGUUUAAGUACAGAA